AGCCAACUCAAUCAGAUCCAAAUAUGUUGAACGAACCGCUUGUAUGAGUCCCUCCCCUUGAAUUUGAGCUAGGUAGCUUGAGCUGCUGCUAUAUGCUCGGACGUCAGAGGGACGAUGGUGGAGGGCUGGUAAAGAUGGCGGCGCUCUCCGAGGAUGGGAGGUAUGGAUUGAAUUGUGGCCGACGGAACGCAGACGGAAUCACCGUUUUGCAUGUUAAAUUGACAGAGACGGCAUUUAGAGCAAUAGAGAGCUACCAAAACUCUAAGAAUGUACCGUCCUCACGGCCCUCAAUACAAUUCAAGGGACUCCAAGGCCGCAUUCAAAUCCCCAGGACUGAUAACUUGAACGGGUCCCAUAACUUUGACUUCUACCUGUCCAACGUGGGCAAGGACAACCCUCAGGGAAGCUUUGAGGGCAUCCAACAAUAUGUGUCCAGCUCGGGGAAGGCCCACCUUACGUCCUUGGGGACGAUCCAAGACAAGGUUACCGUGUGCGCCACCAACGACUCGUAUCAGGUGACCAGGGAGCGCAUGACGCAGGCCGAGGAGGACACUCGCAAACGGGGGACCAAAGUCAUCAAGCCAGGGGGGCAAUUCCGAGGUAAGCAAGUCCACAUCCGAAAACCAGCACUGUCAGCCCCUGACCCCGUCCCGGAGCGCAAGCGCUCCACGCCCAUCAACCCAGCCAACACCAUCCGCAAGUGCCUUGCCAACAACCCGGUGUCCCAGCGGCCGUACCGCGACCGCGUGAUCCACCUGCUAGCAAUGCGCUCCUACAAGAAGCUGGAGGUGCUGGCCAGGCUUCAGCGAGACGGCAUGAGCCAGAAGGACCGCAACUCCCUGGGGAGCACACUGCAGCAGGUGGCCAAUCUCAACCCCAAAGACAAUGCAUACUCCCUGAAGGACUUCAUCUACCGCGAGAUCCAGAGAGACUGGCCUGGCUACUCAGAGGAUGAUCGGGUUCAGGUGGACAGACUCCUGGCACGGAAAUUGGGUCUUCCUCCAUUGGGAAAUUCCAGCGGUUCCCCCAAAGAUGACGUACCUUUGUCACCACAAAAGCGCCAGCCCGACUUUGACUUCAUCGAUCCCCUGAUGCCCAAGAAGCCCCGCAUCUCCCACCUCAGCAACCGAGGGCCCCCUGUCCCUGCUCCCACUACCACUGCCUUGUCCACCUCUCCACGUCACAGCCCCGUCACCACAAAGCGCUCCUCCCUCCUUCCCGCCAGCGCUACUGUGAUCGGCCCCCACGUCCCCGUCUCCCACCAGCCGCCUGUAUCGCACCACCACCACUCCCAGCAUCACAGCCAUCCCCACCCGGGCCCUGGCUCCAACUCUAACUCCCCCAGCACGCCAGAAGGACGAGGCACCCAGGACCUCCCGGUGGACCAGAGCUCCUCCUGUCGAGACCCCUCACCCAGCCCCACCCGCAGCCCAGUCUCCGGCCGCACAUCUCAGGAUCGCUACCGCCCACCGGUCCAAACCUCCAGGGCCCCGGCCUCCUCCCCCAGCCGAAGCCCUAUGUCGGGCCGCACCCUGGAUGGAUACCGCCCCCCUGUCCAGGCCCAGGCUCCCUCCCCCAGCCGCAGCCCCAUGCCCGGCCAUAAUCUUCAGGAUCGUUAUAGACCCCCGGUCCAGACACGUGCACCAGCCUCUUUGCCCAGCCCCACCCGCAGUCCUGUUUUGAACCGCAACAAUGAGGACCGAUAUCGACCACCGACCCAGGGGCCCGGCUCUUCAAUCUCCCCCAGUCGCAGCCCAACCUCUGGUCGCUCUCUCCAGGCCCUCUCCCCCAAUCAGUCUCAGAGCCCUGCUUCCGGACGUACCCCACAAGACCGCUACCGCCCGCCAGCCCAGGCCCCUAGCACCAGCUCCUCAACCUCCCCCAGCCUGCAGCCGCGCACCUCCCUCACCGUUACCUCGUCAGUGGUCACCACCACGCCACCCUCGCCUAGCAUCAACAACAACAGCAGCAGUAAGAAGCUCAAGAAGGCCAAGAAGCACAAAGAGAAGGACAAAGUGAGGGAGAAGGUGAGCGAGAAGAGGAAGGACAGGGAGGGCCACGCUAGCGGCCCUUCUGGGGUCCAGGCCGAGGAGGGCCAGAAGCCCAAGAAGAGGCACCGCCACGAGGCCGAGGAGAGAACCACCCCAGCCAUCGCUAAGAACCCCAACUUGGACCAAAAUUCUAAAGAGAGACCAGGUCACUCUACAGACCUCUCUUCCACCACUGUGAUGCCAGAUUACAUUGCGAAGUACACACCACUGGUUUCCAUGGACCAGCGGCAGAGCUAUAAGGAUGACUUCAAUGCAGAGUAUGACGAGUACCGCGUCCUGCAUGCUCGCGUGGAGAGCACCACCCGCCACUUCACCCAGCUUGACGCCCAGUCCAGGAGGCUGCCGCCUGGCACCAAAGAGUACCAGGAGGUACAUGAAGAAGUUUUGAAAGAGUACAAAAAAAUGAAACAACAUAGGCCAAACUACCAUGAAGAAAAACAGCGUUGCGAGUACCUGCACAACAAGCUGGCCCACAUCAAGCGGCUAAUAGCUGACUUUGACCAGCGCAACGCGCAGGCCUGGCGCUAAGCAGCACAGAAAAUUGAGGAUACAGGUUGACGUAGCCAACAAAGUUUCUCAAAUCUUCAAGACCACAGUAUUGAAAAAGGAUUAAAUGGGAGUAGGUUCCAUCAAGUUCAUAUUUAUUCAGACACCCCUUUUUCCCUUUGCCAUUUUCCAUGCUCAUUAUCUAAACUUUUUUUCCCCAGCUUUCCUUUCCUCCUACCUUUUUGAUUCCAACAGCUUUAGUCUACUGCAUUCUUUAAAUUCUUUCUUCUACUCCUCCCCCCCUUUAUUCACUGAUGUUUUUACCCAAAGUUCCCUUUUAAUACUACAAUACCAGUUGGAGCGACGUGCAUGUGAAAUCAGGGGACUACUCAUCUUUUCUAGCCUCAAGAAAAAGAUUGGGGGGGGGGGGGAAAUUAAACAUAUUUUUGAAAAGCAGAGAAAAUAUUAUACUUAUACUUGUAUUUAAGUUGAGGGGGAAAAAACUGAGAUCUAUUUAUUUUCAACUUAUAGGAAAGAGAGGGAAAGUCAGCAGCUGAUUUAUUAACUUUUUCUUUUAUU